GGGGGGGGGGGGGGUUCCGCCUGGCGACGGUUGAUUCGGUGACGGGACUGUGGGAGUGGGGCAUUGGUGCGGGGUGAUAAGAUAGUGAAAGUGGCUGAUUGGGGCCAGCUCAGUUGCGUUUUUUCUGGGUCCUCUUGUUCCAACUGGCCAGUCCCGUGUAAACCUGAGAAUGCCUGCCCGGUCUCGAUGGUACGUACGCAAUUGUGCAAUUGUGCCCUGGGAAACCGGGGGGGUGAGGUUGAGUGUGGGUUUUUGUUUGAGGUUCGUUCUGAUAAAGCGUGGUCUAAUAAUGCGAGAAGCCUAGUGUGCUGUGUGGUGUACUGCGUAGCUUCGCUCCGGGUAGGGGUUUUCGUGCCUUGAUCCAUCAUGAUAUGGCUAUGUAUAUCUUGUGUGUGGACAUGCGGUGA